CCUGACCUCCCAAACAAUCAUACCAUGACAUAGAUUAAAUUGUAGAAGGAGAAAAAAAACAAGGAAAUCCAAGGCAAAGGCUUGUUUGUUUACUACAGUCUCAUCUACUAUAUUCAUUUGGAUUAUCUCUAAAAUCACCAUAUGAGAUAUGGAAUUAUCUCAAGUCAGAGUAUGAGGGAGAUGCAAGAACCAAAUGAAUGCGUGUUCUAAAUUUGAUUCGAGAAUUCAAGUUGGAGAGGAUGAAGGAAACAAAAUCAAUUAAAGAGUAUUCUGAUAGGUUAUUGGGCAUAACAAACCGAAUCAGAUUACUUGGUUCUACAUUUAAGGACUCAAGAAUUGUUAAAAAGAUUCUUGUAACGGUGCCUGAAAAAUUUGAGGCAUCUAUUUCAGCCUUGGAAAAUACCAAGGAUCGAACUCAAAUUACUCUUGCAGAAAUUCUCAAUGCUUUACAAGCACGGGAGCAAAGAAGAGCUAUGAGGCUAGAAGGUGUUGUUGAAGGAGCUUUGCAAGCCAAACAUGAGAAUGCAAGCAACAACAAGAAGAAUCAAAAUCUUAAUGGAGAAUCCUCAGCCAACAACAAAGUAGGAGUUAAAAAGGGGUCCUAUCCUCCAUGUCAACAUUGCAAUAGAAAGGGUCAUCCUUCUUUCAAAUGCUAGAGAAGACCAAACGCCAAGUGCACCAAAUGUAACCAAAUGGGGCAUGAAGCUGUAAUUUGCAGUGCAAGAAUCAACGGCAAGGUGAACAGGCUAAGAUUGUUGAUGAGGAAGAGGAGGAGGAGGAUCAAUUAUUUGUGGCUACAUGUUUCGUGGGUAGUGAAUCAAACGAAAGUUGGCUAAUUGACAAUGGUUGUACCAAUCAUAUGACUUAUGACAAGGAAUUGUUUAGAGAUUUGAAGCCAACUAACAUCACCAAAGUAAGAAUCAGCAAUAGGGAUUACAUCUCUGUCAAAGGAAAAGGCAUUGUUGCGAUUACAAGCUAUACAGGUACAAAGUAUAUACAAGAUGUUCUCUUUGUUCCUGACAUUAACCAUAAUUCGUCGAGAGUGGGUCAACUUAUUGAAAAAGGCUUUAAAGUUACUUUUGAAGAUAAAUAUUGUUUGAUUAAGGAUGCAGCUAAUUAGGAAAUUUUCAAAGUUGCAAUGAAAGGAAAGAGUUUCUCACUCAAUCCUUUAGAGAAGGAGCAAUCUGUUUUUCUUCUCAAGGAAGAUGUCACAUAGAUUUGGCACAAAAGAGUUAGACACUAUCAUCAUCAAGGUUUGCUGCAACUAAAAGAAAAAGAGCUAGCACUUGAUGUUCCCAAGCUUGAUGAUGCAAUCUCAAGCUGCAAAGCAUGUCAGUUUGGAAAACUGAACAGGAAGCCAUUCCCGAAGUCAACCUGGAGAGCCGCUUGGAAGUUGCAGCUUAUCCACAUAGAUGUUGUAGGACCGCAAAGAACACCUUCUUUAAAAGUAGUGUCUAUUAUAUUGCAUUUAUUGAUGAUUUCACCCGGAUGUGCUAGAUUUUUUUCUUGAACUUUAAAUCAGAAGUAGCUCAAGUUUUUUGGAAGUUCAAAGCAAGAGUUGAGAAUGAAAGUGGUUGUAAAAUUCUAAUUGUAAGAUCAGACAAUGGGAAGGAGUACACUUCGGCAGAAUUUGACAAGUUUUGUGAAAAUUCAGGCAUAAAGCAUCAACUUAUAGCCCCUUACACACCCCAACAAAAUGGAGUUAGUGAGAGAAGAAAUAGAUACAUCAUGGAGAUGUCAAGAUGCAUGUUGUAUGAGAAAAAUCUGCUAAAGAAAUUUUGGGCAGAGGCAGCAAAUACGGCUGUGUUUCUUCAAAACAGGCUUCCGACAAAGGCAGUGAAGGAACAGACGCCAUUUUAGGCUUGAUAUGGUUAUAAACCCUCGUUGAAAUUUCUUAGAGUAUUUGGUUGCUUGUGUUUUACUCAUGUUCCAUAGAGCAAGCGUGACAAGCUUGAUAAGAGAGCUUUAUCAGGUAUUUUUAUAGCCCAUAGUACUGUCAGCAAGGCCUACAAAAUCUUCCAGCCACAAACUGGAAAUAUUGUUGUGAGCAGGGAUGUCCACUUCCUGGAGGAUGAAGAGUGGAGCUGGGAUGAAGAAAAGAUGAAGGAUCAGACCAUAACAAAGCAACCCAAGUUCUCUUGUUCAAGCAUCGAAGAAGAAGAUGAUUGGCAAAAUGAAACAGUAAAUGAUGUGCCUAUGAGAGGAACAAGGUUACUCUCAGAUGUUUAUGAAAGAUGCAAUGUUGCUUUGUAUGAACCUGCUGACUAUGCAGAAGCAAAAAAGGAUCAAAUGUGGAUGGUUUCAAUGGAUGAGGAGAUGUCAAUGAUAGAGAAGAACAAGACUUGGAUCCUUGUAGAUAGACCUCAAGGCAAAAAGAUUAGACACAAUCAGGUUACUGCUCGCAAUAGCUGCACAAAAGGCCUGGAAAGUCUUCCAGUUGGAUGUCAAAUCAGCUUUUUUAAAUGGUGUCCUACAGGAAUAAAUUUAUGUUGAACAACCCCAAGGAUUUGUGAAGGAAGAUGAAGAAGAUAAGGUUUAUCUUCUCAAGAAGGCUCUCUAUGGACUAAAACAAGCUCCAAAAGCUUGGUACAACAAAAUUGAUUAAUAUUUGCUAUACUUGGGUUUGAUGAAAAAUAUAUCAGAAACAACCUUGUAUGUUAAGUGCAAUGGUACUACAUUCUUAUGGUUUCAUUGUGUGUUGAUGACUUGCUGG